AGGUAAAGGAGCCGAACAGUGAAAAGCUUCUCCAUCUGUUUUUGCGGCGAUUUAAUGCGUCCGUCUCCAACUCCCUGGAGGUUGUUUCGGAGUCCUCCGGGCGCAGCGGCGUUGCCGCGGGUGCCGAUUCUUCUGCGCGUAGCAUCAGCGAGUCACUGGCAAGUCGACUGAACUGCGCCGUGGCGGAGAUAACUUUUACGCCCGCCGCUGGGGAGCCCUUGGCCCAUGGACUCUGUCGGGCAUUCUACAACUCGAACCACAAAUUUCACUACAUUGCUGUUGUUGCGGUGCCAGGUGAUGAGUUUGAGGUGUCAAAGGACCUUCUCACACACGCGUUGCUGGCGGUCGUGGAGGGACGGGUGGAGGCAGCGGCAAAACGCACUUAA